AUGGUCAAUGCGUAUUGUAAAUUGGGGAAUGUGGCUGAGGCUGAGCUGAAUAAGGAUGUGGACAGUGCUCAUAGGGUGUUUAGGGUAAUGCCGAAGAAGGGUUGUCCUAGAAAUGAGGUUUCGUACACUAUUUUGAUACAUGGGUUGUGUGAGGCGGAUCGGAUUGAGGAGGCUUUUGAGUUGUUUUGUCAGAUGGGGGAGGAUAAGUGUGAACCGACUGUUCGCACUUAUACGGUUCUUGUUUCUGCAUUUUGUAGAUUGGGGAAGAAGUCAGAAGCAAUGAAGCUAUUUGAGGAGAUGGCGGAGAAGGGUUGUCAACCGAAUGCGCAUACUUAUACCGUGCUCAUUGAUAGUAUGUGCAAGGAAUAUAAAGUGGAUGAGGCUAGAAAGUUGCUGGACAAGAUGUUGAAGAAACGGUUGGUUCCUACUGUUGUCACGUACAACGCAUUGAUUGAUGGGUAUUGCAAGGAGGGAAAGGUUGAGGCUGCAAUGGAUAUUAAGGCUUUGAUGGAAUCGAAUAAGUGUAGUCCAAAUGCUCGAACUUACAAUGAAUUGAUUUUCGGGUUUUGUAAAAGGAAAGAUGUAAACCAGGCAAUGGCGUUGCUCGCUAAGAUGCUCAACCUGAAGCUCGAACCUAGUGUGAUUACGUAUAACUCAUUGAUAAAUGGCCACUGUAAAGCAGGCGAUUUCAACUGUGCUUAUAGGUUGGUUAAUUUGAUGAAGGAUAGUGGUUUGGUUCCUGACCAGUGGACCUAUAGUGUUCUCAUAGACAGUCUUUGUAAGGGUGGGAGACUAGAAGAAGCUUACGCCCAGCUUGAUUCUCUUAAGGACAAAGGCGUGAAGCCAAAUGAAGUGAUAUUUACUGCUUUGAUUGAUGGGUACUGCAAGGCAGGGAAAACCAAUGAUGCCCAUGCUUUGUUUGAUAGGAUGCUUACAGAGGGCUGUGUGCCGAACACAUGCACUUACAAUACCUUGGUAGAUGCAUUGUGCAAAGAAGGAAAAUUGCAGGAUGCAAUAUUACUGGUGGAGAAGAUGUUAAGCACGGGCCAGAUGCAUACACCAUACACUUAUUCAAUACUAAUCAAAUAUAUGCUGAAAGAAGGGGACUUCAGCCAUGCUCAUAGAUUGUUCAACGAGAUGGUUUGUUCUGGUAGUCAACCAGAUGUAUUUAUUUACACUUCAUUCAUUCAUGCAUAUUGCAGUAUAGGGGAUAUAGAGGAGGCAGAGAAGCUGAUGGUUAAGAUGAGUGAAGAAGGAAUUAGAGCAGAUUCGUUGACAUACACAUUAUUGAUUAACACAUAUGGCCGUCUGGGACUACUAGAUUCUGCAUUUGGUGUUCUUAAGCGCAUGUUUGAUGCUUGCUGUGAACCUUCUCACUAUACAUAUUCUUUCCUGAUCAAACAUCUUUCGCUAUCGAAGACAAAUGCCAAUAUAGUGAGACUUGAUUUGGCCUCAAACUUCACUGAUAUCUCUGAUGUAUGGAAGACAAUGGAUUAUCAAAUUGCUUUAGAGCUGUUUGAGAAGAUGGUUGUACAUGGAUGUGCACCCAAUGGCAAUACAUAUGAAAAGCUUAUAACAGGUCUUUGCAAAGAGGGGCGCUUGGAAGUAGCGCAGAGGCUACAUGUUCAUAUGAAAGAUAGGCAGAUUUCGCCCAGUCAGGAUAUUUACCAUUCUCUUAUUAAUUGUUGCUGUCAGUUGCAAGUAUAUGGAGAGGCGGCAUUCCUGCUGGAUACAAUGAUUGAGGUUGGUUAUUUACCAGCAUUAGAGUCUUCCAAGUUGCUUGUAUGUGGGCUAUUUAAUGAAGAUAAUAUCGAGAAGGCAAAAGCUGUUUUCUGUAGUUUGCUCAGAUGUGGGUAUAAUUUUGAUGAAGUAGCUUGGAAAGUUCUCCAUGAUGGUUUACUUAAGAGGGGUCUUGUCAAUAGAUGCUCUGAGUUGAUAACCAUCAUGGAGCAGAUGGGUUGCAAGCUUCAUCCUCAGACAUAUUCAAUGCUGAUUGACGGAAUUGAUGGAACAUAAUGUGACAUGCGCAAGCUUUGUAUAGGGAAUGACAUUCUACCCGGUUUCAUUUCAAUUGGAUCAUCAGCAACUUCUGCCGCCACCGAGUGCAGACCAUGAAGUUGCAACAACAGCUCCAAUAAAGGGUGUUCUACAAACACUGAAGGGGUUCGUCAACCACUCCCUCACAUCUCUGUUCCAUCCUAACCUAUGUAUGUGGAUGUUGCUCUUCUUUAUUU